AUGGACUUGGAAGUCCGCCACGUGGCGCGUGCUGCUGCUGCUCAUGCGAUAGGCGCGGGAGGUACGGCGCCAAUAGCGGCGAUAGACGCGGCGCGAGGCUCCUUCGCGUCCCAUGGCCGCGCCGGUGGCGACGGUGACGGCGGUGGCGGCUCUCUCCUGGGCGUGACAGGAAGCGGCACAGGCGGCGACGACGACUCUGCGGAUCCAGAGCAGCAAAAGCAGCAGGGUUCAGACCCACAGCAACAGCAGCAAACACAACAGGAUGAAUGGAAGCGGCAGCACCGGCUAAGAGAGGGGCCAUCUGGGCUCUUGCUGCCACAGAUGCAGCAACAGGAUUCAGACCCACAGCCACAGCAGCACCAGCAGCAGCAGCAGCAGCAGCAGCCAAUUUCCACGACAGCCCUCACAGCAUCGAGCUCAGCAGACAAGGCAAGCACUGGCGCGCCCUCCGCCACAACCGCAGAAACCGUUGAAACGGCAGCACGGGUGCACGGGGAAUCACCUGGUGGGGAAUCAUCAGCGGACCAUGCCAAUUCCGACCCGAAUGCGUAUGGCAAUCCCAGUGCAAUUCAUGCAAAUGCCAGUGCCAAUGGCGGUGCUGAUCGGGCCAAUGCAAGCGGUGCGAACAGUGCAGGUGGCGCAGUUGGUGAAAGCUGGGGUUCGCAGCGGUUCUACACAGUGACGGGCGAGGGCGACUACUGCGCGGGAGAGUCGCACUGGACGUGGAGCUUCCUGUGCGCCGCGGCGGAGGCGAAGGCUCUCAACCGCACGCUCAUCAUUCCCAUGGCCAGGUGCCUGGACGCACGGCAUACUUUGUCGCAUCUGACGGAGGAGAAACCGAUGGUGCUGUACUAUGCCAUGGAUCACUGGCCGCGCAUGCAGCCCAUAAUGCUGGACCUCCAAUUCGAGCUCAAGAUAGGGCCGCUGAACGUGACGAUUCUGAGAGAGAGGUACAACAUGAGCGUGCGUGUGUUUGAGGCGAAGGCGCCCACGAGCCGGCUGGAGAGUGAGGAUGCGCGCAAUGCGACGCUCAUCAUGCGCAGGGCGCUGUUCGCGUACCAGAUGUGCGAUGAACACAGGAGCGAGAAGCGUCUGGUGCGCAACUACAACCUGAUCCAGCGUCCCAUGUACCUGCGGCGCCUAGCAGAGGCGAUUCGGCGCAGCAUUGGCGGGGAGUAUGAUGCCGUGCACGUGCGGCGCGGAGACAAGCUCAACCGCUACUACUGGCCGCACGUUGACCGCGAUACGCGCCCUGAUGCCCUCUUGAAAAAGCUACCCAAGUUUAUAAAGCCAGGGCGCCACGUGUACAUAGCGUCGAACGAGCGCACGCCGGGCUUCUUCAGCCCGCUCGCCUCGCUCUACAAGAUCCACGUGCUCUCCGACUACCGCCACCUCUGGGCGCCCGGCAGCGACUGGUACAACGCGUGCUGGGAGCUCAUGCAGAGACAGCGAGUCUCAUUCAGAGAAACUGGCCCGGUGUUUGACGCUCAGAUGCAGGUGGGUGCGUUUUGA